AAACAUAUGGCGCUCCGCACUCCAAGUCGAAAAAUGACUCAAAAUGUAACCCGAAUGCGGAUAUUUAAGAGAAAAGAAAAUAUAAUGUUCGCUUUCCUUCCGUGAGUAACAGAUAUUUCAGAUUUUAGUUUUUAAGGCACGUUUUAGGAGUAUUGUGACGCCUCCAGCUCUGGAGCUCAGAUGAGAGACACUGAACUGUUGAAAGCAGAUGAACUUCUCAACUCAUCCGCCUGUUCGAUUUUUGGCCAGGGUCGCAUCAAGAAAAUCAUGCAAAAAGACACAGAAGUGGGGCGAAUCGCUACAGCUGAGGUGUAAAGGUUAUUAUUAAAGUUGUAAAGUAUUUAUAAAACAUGAUAGUAUUUGUUGCAUUACCUACAUGCUAAUAUAAAAAUGUUAAUUACUGUUACAUUAAUGAGAAUCAGAGAACCAUCAUUAAGAAUAAUGAGAAUUACAAACAAACUUAAAAGUAAAACAUCCAGACACAUGGCUCACAAUAUAAAAUAGGCUUCAUUUUCUAUAUGCAAAGUCUUAUUUUACACUUUGUUUUUCUUUUGGGGUGAAAUAUGACCCACACUGUGUAAAUGUCAAAGUCUUUAAAACCGCUAUCGAUUCUGUAACUGUACAUUUAGCCAAAGCUUUAGAAAUGUUCCUCAGAUCUCUUCUCACCAUGACCAGUAAGACAGCCCAGUCAAGGAACAGCAGAGUGAUGUUUGUCAAUCACAUGAAACAGUGUAUUCAUUCAGAGAAGCUGUUUGACUUUCUAAAGGAUCUGACAGAUCAGACCUCCUCUGCAUCAACAUCAGAGCGCAAAACUAAGGGAAAAUGGCAGUCACACCGGAAACACUGGCAAAGUGUGUCUAUCAAAGCCAGGACGCCUGAAAGGGAGGAGACACCCGAGAAAGCCACCAAUGAUCUAGUCAUCAACAGUGAUUCGUCCAGUGAGUCAGAGCUUUUCAUCUGUUUGGAAACUCACUCACCUUAACCGGCCGUUGAGUAGUCUCACUAGAUCCAACAAUCUCUCUCACUGAAAACUGCAGUAUUAUUUAUGAAGGUCCACCAUCUUUUUGGGGGUUUGCUGUUGUUGACAUAAAUAUUUGAUUUUUAAAUUUGUGAAUUUGCUUUGUUGUGGUGUUAUAUUCACCAAAGAAUGAAUGAUAUAAUUGUUUGUUUUCAUGUGUUCAAGGUCUCCAGCGAGUAACUGUCACCAAAUUCAUUAAGUUUAAUAUGUUGAGAAGAAAAUAAUUUAUUAUAUAACAGAGACAUUUUUUGGUAAUGAACAUCUCCAAUAAUUUUAUUUCAGUUAAUUAUUAAAACUGUAUUUUGAACUGUGUAAUGUUUACAAUCUAACAUCAUUUUCUAAGCUGUGAGUGAGGAUUUGAAUAAUGUAAAUAUAUAAUAUGCAUAUUUUUCUAUCAGCUUUAAAUGCAGGUCAGUGGUUUUGUUAAAAUGAUCCACAGGUUAUUUUAAUAGCAUAUUGUAACCAUGUCAAGUAUAUUUUAUAGUGAAUGUUCUAUAAGGAAUAUUUUAACA